UUGAGGUUGUCCUUCGCUCAAGUUCGUUUUCAUUGCACGUGACAAUAGCCAAACAGAACAGAUAUAUGCAGCAAAGCGAGAGACGGGUUUAGUUAAUUUGCUGUCAAAAGUCUCGAAUUUCGUAUAUUUUUGUGUCGUUCGUUAGCACGUCCGAAAUAAAAGAACGUGUAUGUCUCGGUAAAUCAUUAAACGAAGUAUCUUUCCUACCAUGAUUAAAUUAUUUUCUCUAAAACAACAGAAAAAGGAUGGAGAAUCUCCAAGAGGUGGCACGCAGAAGAAAGCUUCCGCAGCCCAGCUCAGAAUAACGAAAGAUGUAAACGAACUUAAUUUGCCGAAAACGUGUCAGUUGGAUUAUCCAGAUCCAGAUGAUCUACUAAGUUUUAAAAUAACUAUUUGCCCCGAUGAGGGUUUUUAUCGAGGCGGAAGAUUCGUAUUUAGUUUCAAAGUUGGACCGAAUUAUCCACACGAACCUCCUAAAGUCAAAUGCGAAACCCAAGUUUAUCAUCCAAAUAUUGAUCUCGAAGGGAAUGUGUGCCUGAAUAUCUUAAGAGAAGACUGGAAGCCGGUUCUAACGAUCAACACGAUAGUAUAUGGAUUACAGUAUCUAUUUCUGGAGCCAAAUCCAGAAGACCCACUAAACAAAGAUGCAGCCGAGGUGUUGCAGAAUAAUCGUAGAGUGUUUGAACAAAAUGUCGCAAAGGCCAUGAGAGGUGGCUAUGUAGGACAAUUUUACUUUGAACGGUGCUUGAAGUGAUACAUUGCGCGCUACAAAGAGCGUGUGCACUCCCGUGGAUAUUCACUAUCGCAAUCGAGGUCUUCAAGGAUAUAGAGUACGAGUAUGGAGCACUGGUGUAGGACGCUUGCCAUAUCCCGUACGUUUUGCUUUCACUCGUAAGUUUUCGAGUGUCGUCGAGACCUCCGAUCACUUAAAACGUCGUCGACUAUUUUACGCUUUUGGGUCAAUAAAUCUAUUCUAAAAUUACAAGAAACAAGAAAAUGAAAAAUAUUUAUUAAAAAAAAAGGACUAUUCGCUAUCUGAGGAAGGAAAACAUUUCAAGACUUGUACAUAUAUUUACUGUGCACUAAAAAUUAUUAGAACACUUGGAUUUGGUUUCGAGUCGACCAUAGAGGAAGAAAGAAAGUCGACGCGGAAAAUCUAUCUGGAAAUGACCUCACUAUUUUCUAGUAUCAAGUAUCACGUUAUUUCUUGUUCACUCUUCAGUGGAAUUUCCCUGUAUUCGUUUUCCUCGUCUCUUUUCGGAUAAAAUAAAUGUCUGCUGGGUACCUAUUGAUAAUAUUGUACAAAGUCGAAACCCAGAGACAUCGAGGAAUUUUAUUUCAAUCAAGUCUAUGGAAUACUUUUGAUUUCCCGAAACAUUGUAUACCCAGUCUAGUAAUUUUUUAUUGUCCUCUGUAAGUCUUUGAGAUCAAUAAAUAUUAUUCCAAAUCUAAAGAUCGACGUCUAGCGACUGCUAUAAAUUGUCACAGUCAUUGGAGGGUUCGCAUAGGCAGCAUUUAUAUUAUUUGUCCUCUGAUUUUUUUCUUUACUUAAAAUCCAAAUUCGCAUGCCUAACAAAAUUAAUUUUUGUCUUUUUAAUCGCUGUGCAAAUCCUCCACUGAGGAAGUACAAAUUAUGCGUUACAUAUUAAUCACUCUGCAUUUAUUUAUGUUUAUCUUUGAACCAGGGCUGCUGGCUGUUGAUCAUCUUAUAACAAUUUCGCAAUAGUGCUCUCUUUUUCUUCGAAUUUAGGUAUAAACGUAAAGCUUCUUUUUGCCUUGGUUCAAGGAAGAGAGAAUACUAAUCUGUAACAAUUUCUUAGGAAUAUAAGGAUGUAAUGAUAAUAAAAACAAUCGAAAAUCCACUUUA